UGGCCACCCCCUAGCUCCGCCCCUGGUGCUAGCGUGAUUGAGGCAUUCAGAAAGCGCAUCUCUCUUGUCAUCACGCGCAUCCGGAGGUGAGUCACACGCUUCGCCAGCUCAACCAUUAUACUCACCUUUUAAAAAAAGAACAAAACAACCUGAUAUUGCUUCAUAUUGUUAUUUAUAACUUAUCAAAUCGAUGAUAUGCUGUGAAAUAAACUGGCUGUUUAUUAUUUGGAGGCGGGCUGCAGUUGAGGAUGAGAAACUUCUGCGCACUUCGUUGGGUCCGUUCUGCGCGCGCGAGGGAGAAAGAAGUGACCGCGCUUCAAGCGACUCUUCUGUCUUCACGCCACUGGCACUGCGGGAUGUAAUAUUACCAGGAGGAUUUAUGUAACCACUUAAAAAAAAAAAAUCCAUGGACAAAGUGAAGGCAGUCCGGUCUGCGGACUCCCCUCCUUCGAGGUGUGGUCUAUUUCCAGGAGCGUUCAAAAUAAGGAGGCGCGCGAUGUUAUUGAGCGCGCGAAGGUAUUCGGCAGUGGAGCGCGAAAGACUGGCCUGGUGUACCAGGCACGAGCGGUUCAGCGCAACUCGCUCAGUAAGAACAACAUCCACCUGCAGUCCCUGUGUCUAGUUAAGUCAGCGUAAGAUCAGUGCUGAGAAUGGGUGCUGCAAAGGGUAAUUUAGAUGGUGGAUGGGGAUGGAUGAUUGUGAUGUCCUCCUUCAUGGCCCAGUUCCUGUCUUUUGGAUCACCCCAGUCUGUUGGCGUGUUGUACCCCAAGUGGCUUAGUGCCUUCCAGGAAGGCAAAAGCAUGACGGCCUGGGUCGGAUCGAUGGUGUCUGGGGUGGCACUCAUCACCAGUCCAGUGUGCAGUGCUUGUGUGGAUAAUUUCGGGGCACGGCCGGUAAUGGUAUUUAGUGGUGUCAUGGUGGCCGGUGGUCUAAUGCUGAGUGCUUUUGCCCCAAACAUAUCUUUCCUCAUCUUCUCCUACGGCAUCGUUGUUGGGAUAGGCUGUGGACUUGUCUACGCUGCCACACUGACCAUAACCUGCCACUACUUUGACAAGAGGCGUGGCCUUGCUUUGGGCAUCGUUACCACAGGUACAAGUGUGGGUGGCUUCAUUUACGCCACAGUACAGAAUGAGCUCAUUGAGUUGUUUGGAUUGGAGGGCUGUUUGCUUAUCAUCGGCGCGCUGGCGCUCAACCUGAUGGUGUGUGCAGGUCCAAUGCGACCUUUGAACUUACCUGGUUACUACCUGAAACAGAGAGCAGCUCUACAGCGCCCUGAGGAACCACUUUACACCAAACCUUCUGCCAUUAUCAUCGACUCUGGUGGCCUCAAAACCACGUAUGACUCGUCCAAUAACUCCGCUGCAGUGAAGAUGUUAAUAACCAUGGAAACCAAUGAGAUGCAAGAAAGUGAAUGGGAGAGGAAAGACGGAGUGCUGUCCUGCUCAAUAGUAGCACAAGCAAUUAAGAAGUGGUUGCAUCCUUAUUGUCAGUACAUGUGCAAGACUGCAGAGCUCCUACAGGACCAUGUCUUCAUGGCUUUGUGCAUUGCCAUCUUCCUGUUCAGCUUAGGAGCAUUCCCACCUGUGCUCUUCAUGGAGGAUGUGGCCCAGAGUGAGGGCCUUAUUGAUGGGAUUGCACUCAUACCCCUUGUAUCCAUUGUUGCCAUGACAACAGGCAUUGGUAAGCUGGUGUUGGGCUUGUUGGCUGACAUGCAAUGGGUGAACAGUCUGUACCUGUAUGCCCUGACACUGAUGGGCACAGGUGUGGCUCUGCUGCUCAUCCCUGUGUCUAAGAGCUACCUGGGUCUGCAAGUACUGUCGGCCGUGGUUGGAUUUUUCUCAGGGAACUGGUCACUCACAUCCUACAUCACUACCAAGAUUGUGGGCAUCGAGCGACUCAGUCAGGCUCAUGGCAUUCUCAUGUGCUUUGGAGGGUUUGGAAUCAUGCUCGGGCCACCUGUCGUAGGUUGGCUCUAUGACUGUUCUCAAUCAUACGACCUGGCCUUCUACUUCAGUGGCUCUUGUGUUGUAGUGGCUGGUUUGCUUCUGUUCUUCGUCACAAUGCCUUGCUGGAACAGGACAACUGAGGGGGGAAAUUCAGUCGCAGUGAAGGAAGACAACAGUUCGCAACGACAGUACACUCCUGAUUGUGACAAAGUAGCCUCUGUGGCUUGAACAGCAUUUCACCAGUCUAAACCUGACUUUGUCCACUUACCAUGGCCUUUUCAUUCUUCUAUCUCAUUUUUGAGGUUUUUGUAUCUAUAGUAGAAUUUAUUUGCUAAUAGUAAAUUGAGUAGAUUGUUUCCUUGACACCGAUCCUUUUUUAGCUGGUCUCAUUCACUUUUUGUGUGAACUUGACUCUCUGAAAUGUAUGGCCUCAGUGUGUCCAAUGUGUACAUAAAAUCACCAAAUUUUGAGAAUACAUAUUCAUUUCCAUUAAUAAGAACAUAUUUCUGACUGUAGAGAAUCCUAGAAUGUGCGAAUGCUUUCACUGCACUUGCCAUGGAUAACAUCCAGAUCCAAAGAUUUCUGGGAAUGGUGACAGACUUGAAACAAGGAGGAAAUGCACUUUAAUGCACUUAUGCCUGUGACUGCACAUUUUCCCCCUUUUUGUCACCUCUUUGUCACUUUUUUUUUGUCUCCUUCACUUUGUCGCAUUUUCCCAACCGUCAUACCAAAGUAUCAAGUGAAUGGAUGUUUUUUCCUUGUUUCCUUCUGCAAGCAACAUAUUAAUUAUAUAAAAUUAUAAUUAUAUACAAUUUGAAGGCAAACAUUCUGUAUCUUUCAGCUAAUCAUUGAUUAGCGUACCAAUAAGAAAUACAAGAAUAUGCUGAAGAAAAACAUCAGAUAAAAGAAAAACCGGAGGACAUAGUUGGGUUCUGUGAUUGCAAUGUCCAAUACUGUGUUGGUGUGCUUCUUUGUGUGUGCCUUUUAAUACAAAAUCACAAAAAAAUGUUUUUAACAGGCUGGUACCUGACAACACUAAAUCUUUUAUUAUUGUAUUUUUGAAAUUCCAGUGUUAUGUCUUGUGUCAGUGUAUACCACAGACCUUUCAUUCAGUAUGUAUAAAUAUUAGAAAAGGCCACUAAACAUUUUGGUCCAAAAACUUGAUUCAAGUCUUUAUGAACAUUGGACAGUGAGCAAUACAAUAUUUCAAUGUAAAACUGUCCCAUUAUGUGAUAUACCAUUUUGUCUUAUUAUUAUUAUUAUUAUUAUUAUUAUUACUUUUUAGUAAAGUACUGUUUGUUCAUUUUUAAGUGUCAGUAAAUAGAAUGAUUAUAUGAUAAACAAUUAUUAUGAUUAUUUUGCUGGUGCUGUACUGUGCUGUUAUUACUAGUACUCAAAGCAUUCAACUGAGCAAAUUAGGGCAUAUUUUAAUGACU